CACGACUCAAACAUACCUCUCCGAUCAUCGAGUCAAGUGUUUCAUCCUCCUCACUCUCGACCACCAACCGGCCCGACAUUUCUCCGCACCCCAGGCCGCAUCGUCAUCAGCAUCCGAAGCUCACCACAUCUCAAAGCACACCCAUCAAACCCAGGACAUAUACAGCACCAUGGACGUUUCCAGCAACCGGCUUUUCCGGUUUCCCAAGCCCGAGUGGCUGAAUAACUCCGCCGUUCGCAACGCAGGAGUCUACACCUCCGGCGCUUUGUUCGCGGCAGGUUUCUUCUUCCUCAUCGACGUUGCAUCCUUCUCCCACAGCGCGCGCAACGGCUCAGACGUACACAUCAAAUUUGUCGACUGGAUCCCCGGUAUCUGCUCUGCGCUGGGUAUGCUGGUGAUCAACUCGAUCGAGAAGUCCAGGCUGCAAGCCGAUAGCUUUAGCUACAGCGGGGGCGGGGUUGCGUGGAAGGCGCGGUUCGUGUUGUUCUUGGGAUUUGCGCUUUUGGCUGGGGGUUUGGCGGGGAGUGUGACGGUUAUGGUACUCAAGUACCUUGUGAAAGAUUAUCCUAUUCAGACGCUGUACUUUGGUAUCGCGAAUGUGGUGGCUAAUGGCCUUGUUAUGCUGAGCUCUAUCGUGCUUUGGGUUUCUCAGAACAUCGAAGAUGAUUACACUUAUAACCUGGCGCUGUGAAGUUGCGGCUUUUUGACUGCGACCGGAUUGAAUCAGACAAGACCAGACCGGCUUUGAAUUGAUUUGAUUGGCUUGAUUUGAAUUGACUGGACUCGAUAUACCUAUUUUGCGCUCGUGAUGUGGCUCUUUGUAUUUUAUGCGUUGAUAUGAUGACUUGUGUUUGGCUUCUCGGCAUUCUCAUCUCCGGCUGAACGCUGGGGCUUAGCGUUGGUGGAAUGAAACUAUU